GUGAUCAUGCUGUCGUGCCAGAACAAGGUUAACUCGUUUUGUUACUGAUCGUGGUGAGAAGCACUGAAUAGUCUGUCUGAAGCCAGAUACUGGAUCUGAGACCAUAAAAUUAGCUCUUAGAACUGGGAAGACUGGAUGUGCUCGUGCCAGGACAUGAUUUCGGGGAUCCAAUAGAUGAUGGGAAUAUAUUUUAAGGAGGGAGUCCAGUGAGCAAACUUCCCUUCUCAGAAGUGAAAAUAGCCUCAUGAUAUCCGAGUCUGGCCAUUUGUCAGACGAUGUUGUAACUUGAACCUUAUUUAAUGACAGCUUUCAGAAACCAGAAGGACUUGUUCUGCGAAAAAAAUCUUUCAUGGAAAGUCAUCAAAAACAGGAGAAAUGACUUGCUGGAAAGUGGUGAAAUCUGUUCUUGUACUCUGCCUGAUCCUCAUUCCCAUAUUUGUCUGGAUGAUAGUCUGGAAUGGGCCAGUCCACUACCUUCCAUACUACCUUCCUUGCCCAGAAAUCUUCUCCAUGAAACUACAAUAUGCAGAAGAGAAGCCCGUCCAGCUUUUCCCUGAGCUAUUUUAUCCUCAGCCCAGAUCACUGGAUCAGAAGCGCCGGGAUGUGCUGACUCUCACGCCUUGGCUGGCUCCCAUUGUUUGGGAAGGAACUUUCAACUCCGAACUCCUGGACAGUGCCUAUAAGCCAUUGAACCUCACCAUAGGGGUGACAGCCUUUGCCAUUGGCAAGUACACCAUGUAUGUGGGCCGCUUCAUGGAGUCGGCGGAGAAACUCUUCAUGAAGGGCUACCGGGUGAACUACUACAUCUUCACCAACAACCCCCAGGCGAUCCCCAAAGUCCAGCUGCAGCCCGGCCGGAGCCUCCGCAUCGUCCCCAUCAAAAAAUACUCUCACUGGCAGGAGAUUUCCAUGCGCAGGAUGGAGGCGAUAAACAGGCACAUCGCAGAGGUGAGCCACCAGGAGGUGAACUAUCUUUUCUGCCUGGACAUCGACAUGGUGUUUCACUACCCAUGGGGGGUGGAGACUCUGGGCGAGAUGGUAGCGGCCAUACACCCUGGGUACUACAAAGUCCCUCGCAGCCAGUUCCCUUAUGAGAGGAGGAGCUCUUCCGCUGCCUUCAUCCCUGACAACCAGGGCGACUUCUACUAUGCAGUCUUCGGUGGGCUGGUCAAGCAGGUGUACGAAUUCACCAGGGCCUGUCACAUGACCAUCCUGGCAGACAAAGCCAACGGGAUCAUGGCGGCCUGGCAGGAGGAGAGCCACCUCAACAGGCAUUUCUUUUCCCACAAGCCCUCAAAGCUCCUCUCCCCGGAGUACGUGUGGGAUGACACCAAGCCCAAGCCGCCUGAGGUGCGCCUGAUACGCUUCUCCACAGUGAAUAAGGACUACAGGGAGAUACGGGACUGAUGUGUCAAGUCCUCUUGGAGGUGUCUAGCCCUCUCUUUUUUACCAUGACAUCAGGCCCUUGAUCUGCUGCCAGUGCAGGAUGUAUCCCAGUCAGUGUUUCGGCUCCCCUCUGUGGAUGGAUUGUGGAGCUGGCACUGGGAAGGGCAGGUGGUUCACCUUAGGGAUGGUGUAAGGUACUUGUUGAGAAUGGUGUGAUGAUGCCACAGUGAUGGUGACUCCUUGAUCUACUUGAAAGGAUCUACUUGAUUCCUCCUCCCUGUAAACCUGGGGGCUGCCAUUGCCUGGAUAGUCACCUUUUGCCAAGCGAUACCAAAGCUUAGAAUCCCCUGUGUGCUGGUUUAAAAGAAAAACGCCCACAUUGUAGUUUGGUCUGAGACUGGCCAAUAAAACGACCAUCAGCCCUGUCAAACCUCAGCCCUGAAUGGAAAGGUGCAGUUAACUUUCAUGAUGUUUUUCGCGCUCCAGAAGUGUCUAAUACCCUAAGAAAGGCUCAACCCGUAAUUAGCCUGGGGAACUCAUUGCCACAAGGCAUUGUUGAGACCAAGAAUUUAGCAGGAUUCAAAAAAAGAUUGCACAUUAGUCUGGAUAAGGAGAAUAUCCACAAUUAUGGUUUUUUUUAAAAAAUAAAAAAGAACAAACAAGGAGCGAAUAUAAACCCUCAUAGUGCAGGGCAUAAACCAACCUCCAAUGAUUGGGGUCCUGAGGAAGCUUUCCCUGGGAGUAUGUUUUUCUCUAGCUGCCUCCCGCAGGGUUUAUUGCAUCUUCCUCUGACGCACCUGGUUCCAGCCACUGUCAGAGACAGGAUACUCAACUAGACAGAAAAAUGAUCUUAUCCUCUCUGGCAUUUCCUAUGUUCCUCAUAUCCAGCCCAGUUUUGGAGACCCAAGAGAUCUGAACAGAUCAGAUACAGCUCAGGCCAGCAUCUGAAUGUCUGCAUGCAUAUCUCAACCAAAGCUGACUUCUGAACCUUCUCAAUGGUUCACAUGUCUCUGUGGAUCAUUCAGUCUUCUCUGAUAAAGAAAAUUUGGCAUUGAGGUGUCCAGGCGGAUCCCACUGUUCAGUCCCUUCCAGUGUUCCUAAGCACUGUGAAACAAAUUGACUAGAAGCUGCCGGGUUGCUGGAAGUAGAUGGUAACACCUAAUGUGUUGUAGCAAAUUGGUUAAUUUCGCUUUGUCUUGUUAAUGAAAUAUUGUAGUGAAAUGUCAUGUUCUACUCUGGGGCUCCCUCCUCCAGCUGAAUAACCUUCACGUGACAGUCAGAGGAGGGAGAGUGGAGAUGGGCCGAGAUUACUAUUUGUUUGACAUGAGAACACGGAGAAGCCAAUCUUGUUACCGUGCAGCCUCAGAACCUGACACUUCCUCUGGAACCAGAAGAGAAAUACAAAUGCAGGAAAACAACCAUCACCUGCAACGGUGGCUGCCUAACUAAGGCUCAAAUGCCACCCACCCUGCUGAAGCACCUGUGCCAUAAGCAUCUUUCAAAUAGCUCCUGAGGCAUGCGACCAAAGAAUAACGCACGUCUUUGCCACGCUCAUUUAAUGUGAAUAGGGAGAGAGACCACGGGGAAGCGCAGAGAAUGCUGGAGCACAGCUCUGCUCCUGCACUGGAAAGCAAGGGGGGGGGGGCAGAGGUGACAGGGCUAAGCUGUCUGUUUCCAAGGAAACCGUUCAAAAAAGACUCAUUUGGCAGGAGAGGGAGAGAAAAUGGGGAAGAGGCAGCUGGCUGCUCUUGCCUCAGAUAAUUGCUAAAUGGCAGCGAAUCAAGCAGUUCCAUUUCCAAAUGCGAGUGGCUUACGAGGCUAUUCCAGUCUCAUGUUUGCAGGCUCCGAUUGUCACUCACGGGUGUCAGUGUGGGCAUUUACCUGCUGCAAUGCAUGUUAGAAAGCCCCUUGGCAUGCCCAUAAAAUGUAUAACAACAAUGGAAAACACCACCCCCCCCCAAUCCUCACCAGCUGGACACAUUGGGCUCCCCUGUGAUGCUUUCUUCAUUAGUGUUUGGAUGCUGAGGUGAGAGACACCUUAGAGAUAUAUUUGAAUCCCCUA